UCUUAUCAAGUUAUACAUAAAAAGCAGUAACUUUGCAGUGCGCCCCUCUGCCGACCUGCCGGGGUACUACAGGCUCCUCAUAUUUCCCAUCAUGCUACUUUUAGGAUCGCUGCAACUUGCAAGAUGGCGCAAGCUAUAUUUGAAGCUUUUGAAGGGAUGGACAACCAGACAGUGCUUGCUGUUCAGUCGCUGCUCGAUGGACAAGGGGGCGUGUCAGACCAUUCUGCUCAAACUGUCACUAACUCUGCUCCUAUCCAAUCAAUGGAUGAUGAAGACGUAUUCCUUUGUGGUAAAUGUAAGAAGCAGUUUAACUCCCUGCCAGCCUUUGUGAUCCACAAACGAGAACAGUGCCAUGGUAGUGCCCCCUCUCUAUCAUCGGUCACUAUGGGAGUUCACAGUGCCUACACUCCAUCGGUCAGCUCAGUUCAGCAGUCGCAUGUGAACAACAGGCAGAUCUCCACGUAUAUUGCAGUUCCACCGUCUCCACUCAUCCAGACCCUGGUACAAGGCAAUGUGCUGGUGAAUGACGAGGUCCUACUUUCUGCCAUGUCUGCGUUCACCUCUCUAGACCAGUCCAUGCCUCCAGUGCCAACACCAGUGCAGAGUAAUCCCAGCAUGCACUCCGCGGGAACAUAUAUACAUGCACCCUCCUUGCCACUACGACAUCCACACCCUCCUCCUCUCACUCAUGGACACAGCCCAAUUGGGGCCCCUGUACAAUCAAACAGUAGUAGCUGCAGCACAGUGGUACAGGUGUAUAGCUCACCUAUCAGCAUGCCAGGAAACUCGGGUAUGGAACUCCAUGGGAUGAACAUGACUCCUUACACACAGAUCGAGCAGGUUCAGAGCCAAUGUGUGGAGAGCUCUGUAUAUAACACUCCAUCUGUAUACAGUCCUGGGAAGCAGGAACUUAAAUUGAAAACUCCUAGCAGCUGUUCUCCUUGUGCAAAUUUAGGUGAAGGCAGCAUGGGAACUCUGGAACCAAGUUUGCCAAAUAAGACUCGGCGCUCCAAGACUGAUUGUGGAAUCCGCAAUGGGAAACUGAAGUCUCCCAAGCUGAAGUGCAGCUACUGUGACAAGGCAUUUGGGAAAAACUUUGACCUCCAGCAGCACAUUAGAAGCCACACAGGUGAAAAGCCCUUUCAGUGCAUUGUUUGUGGACGGGCAUUUGCACAGAAAUCCAACGUCAAAAAGCACAUGCAGACGCAUAAGGUAUGGCCUCGAGAAAAAAACACCACCAAGUCUCAGGGACCAGUAUCCGUUCAAGUCGUCCCACUAAACCCCUUGCAGGCUCAGGAGAAAGUCGUUGACAAUGGAGUUAACAGGCAGCCUUCAACAGAGGAAGCCCCUGCCGAGGGCAUGGAGGCAGCACAGGGCAGCAUGGGGGAAGGGACAGAUGGCAAGCAUGUGGUACUAGUGGAUAAUUCAUAUCACUGCCAGUUCUGUGCAAGCAAGUUUGACAACUAUUUCCAGCUGAAGUCCCAUAUGACUCAACACAAGCAAGAGCAGGUGUAUAAGUGUGUGGUGAAGGGUUGUGCCCAUACCUCUCAAAAGCUGGAUCACUUCCUGGAGCAUAUCAAAACCCACCAGGAGGAGAUGACUUACCAGUGCCAUCUCUGUAACAAGGACUUUUCAUCUCUCUAUGAGAUGGGUGUUCAUCAGUACUCGCACAGCAUGCUACCACAGAUCACACCAAAGAAAGACCAGGCUGUUUAUAAGUGUCUGAAGUGCAUGAACAAAUAUUCUACUACUGAAGCCUUAGAGCAGCAUCUGCAAACAGCCGCACACAGCUACCCCUGCCCACACUGCCAGAAAGUGUUCCCCUGUGAGAGGUAUCUCCGCAGGCAUCUUCCCACCCACGGAGGAGGAGGUCACUACAAAUGCCCCAUUUGCAAGAAGCUCUUCCGACGAGAACAUUAUCUUAAACUGCACAGUCAUAUCCACUCAGGUGAGAAGCCAUAUAGGUGCACACUGUGUGACUCUGCAUUUAACCGAAAGGACAAGCUGAAGAGGCACAUGCUUAUCCAUGAGCCCUACAAAAAGUACAAGUGUCCAUUCUCGACUCAUACAGGCUGUAAUAAAGAGUUUAACCGCCCGGACAAACUAAAGGCUCAUAUGCUUUCCCACUCUGGAAUAAAGACACACAAAUGUCAGUUCUGCUCCAAGUCAUUUAGCCGCCGAGCACACAUGAUAGAGCACCAGCGCAGUCAUACUGGGAAUUACCAAUACUGUUGCCCAAACUGUGGCAAGGGAUUCACUAGGCAGAAGUACAUGAAGGAGCACAAGUGCCGGUUGCAUUCAGACAGUGACAAAAAUCAGGUCAGAAAAGUGCAGAGGAAGAGAGGCCAAGAGAAGGGUGGAGACGAUUCCAGCACAGAGGAAGAAGGAACCUUCACAAAUCGGAAGAACGUCACAGAACCAAUAGCUGCCUCUGAAGAUCAGAUCGAGGAGACUUUCCAGACAGCUGAUGCCCAACUGUCUAUAGUCGUGGGCAGACAAGACCGCUCAAGUGAUGGCCUUGGGGUGCCUCCUGGAGUAGAUACCAUGACAUCCACCACUGUGACCCUGGCUGAGCUGCAACGUGGAGCAGAUUCUUCUUGUGCCAUGCUGACUGUGCCUAUAUAUAUCCAGAAUCCUGAGUGAUAACAUAUUACCUAUAAAAUAUGAAAUCCUUACACAGUACAUGCUCUCUCUAGCUGUUCAAAUGAAAAUACGUGAAAGAGCAACACUGAAAAAAUCUGGACUUGGUGCAGCAGUUGGGGAGUUAUUUUCAUAUUCUUCUUCUGUUACAGAUAUUCUCAGUUUCCCAUUCAUCCAACAUAUUUGAUAUAGAUCUGAUUUGCUUGUUUUGCCCCAAUCUUUUUCUGAAUUUGUGUGUAGAAAGAGAUGGAAAGGCUAAUUACUUCUCCGUGGAGCAGAGGAACAUCUCACGCAAAUUCAAAUUUACUUUAGCGACACAAUCAUCACCAUAUCAUUUUAUUUUAUUGCAUGCCUGAGAACUUUCUGUAAUACUGAAUACUUUAGCAAGGCAGCUGCAGGAAUGACAGCAUGGGAUCAUUCUACAUGUAUGUAGCUUGGAUUCCAACCAAUAGUCCAUUGUGCCAACCUUGAUUUGGACAUUAUACACAUGGGCACAGUGAUCUGCAGGCCUGAGUUUGUGGGAAGAUUUCAGGGGCGGCAUGGUGCCUAGCCAUUUUCUAUUUUUUUUCAGAAGCACAUGCAGCUCUUAAAAUCUCCUGCGUGCUCAAUCCCCAGUGCUCCAGUGGGAACCUGUGCAUAUGUGCAUGCUCUGUGGGAGGGGGCAGUGCUGGGUGUGAAGACCCUCUGGCCUAGGGGAGGCCGAAUUAGAAAUCUUGGUGAUCUGUUUCGCCAGUCCAUUGGUUCAAGUGUUAUUCAAAAAUUAUUUUACUAUGACAGGCCUAGGGCUCUCACACACACUCAGCAUGUUUAUAUUUAGAAAUGGUUGCCCACUUUGGCCAGUGUGUGGCUAGGUCUAAAAUAAGCCACUGGCUACCCUAAGUAACAGUUUAGUGUUCCCUAGGGCUACAUGGGAACCUGCUUUUGCAUUAGAUGGAAAAUCACAGUUUAACUAUUCUGUAGGAAUUGCAGAUGAUGAGCCAAAGGUUUGGUUAGCGUUCUGAAAAAGAGGCAGGGACUUGGAUACUUUUUUUAUGGAUAACAAACAUGACCAUUUCCACUUGGGCUGUUUAUGUAAAUACUAUAUUUAUUGUAGUUGCUCCUGCCUAUAACAUUGCAUAUGUGUACAGAGGAAUGCAUUUUUUUUUCAACUGUGCUUUCAGCUUCUCUUUCUGCCUGAUAUUUGGGUUUGGUUUAUGUACAGACAAGCACUAUUCUUCUAUCUGGAAGAGAAAUACAUCAUUAAAUUAUUGAGCAUCUGG